UGAGCCUUGAACUUAAGUUAACAUGGAAAGGUACAACCUACAACUUAGCCAGAAUUUAGCCUGCUAACGUGCGACAUAGCUACCUCCAAAUAUACCGAUAUGGUGCCAGUUUGAAAGCAGCUUCAUUCGUCAAAACCAGCCUGUCCCCUUGCCCUCCCAAUACGUAAACCCAGGGAGGCUGAUAUCCAUCCCUCAAGUUCCCAGGGAUCCCUCAGCCUGCCCUGAUGAAGGCUGUACAAGACGGAGACUUCCUGGAAGAGGACUCCCCUCAGGGAAAUGGAGUUCAGACGAACCAGUACAGCUCCAUCUCUCCUCCUGCGUCUCCAGAGGCCCAGGAUGAACCCUUUUCCACAUACUUUGAAGAGAAGGUGGCCAUUCCUGAGAAUGUCAGCCCGGUUUUCAGUUUCCGUAAACUCUGGGCCUUCACAGGACCAGGGUUUCUGAUGAGCAUUGCGUAUUUGGAUCCAGGAAACAUCGAGUCAGACCUGCAGUCUGGAGCUAAAGCUGGCUUUAAGCUCCUAUGGGUGCUUCUUGGAGCCACUAUCAUCGGGCUGCUGUUGCAGAGGUUAGCUGCGCGCCUCGGGGUCGUCACUGGGAUGCACCUGGCCGAAGUCUGCAACCGCCAAUAUCCCACAGUUCCUCGGAUCGUGCUUUGGCUGAUGGUGGAGCUGGCCAUUAUUGGCUCGGACAUGCAGGAGGUCAUUGGCUGUGCCAUAGCUCUCAACCUCCUUUCUGUGGGCAGGAUUCCACUUUGGGCAGGAGUCCUCAUCACCAUCACAGACACAUUUGUCUUCCUCUUUCUCGACAAAUACGGCCUGAGGAAACUCGAAGCUUUCUUUGGCUUUCUCAUCACCGUAAUGGCGCUGAGCUUUGGUUAUGAGUACGUGCUGGUAAAACCAGACCAGGCGGAGGUGCUGAAGGGGAUGUUCAUACCUUACUGCGCCGACUGUGGGCCUGUGCAGCUGGAGCAGGCCGUGGGAAUCGUAGGCGCCGUCAUCAUGCCCCACAACAUCUACCUGCACUCAGCGUUAGUCAAGUCUCGGGACAUCGAUCGCAAAAAUAAGAAGGAAGUAAAGGAAGCCAACAAGUACUUCUUCAUCGAGUCAACUGUCGCUCUCUUCGUCUCCUUCCUCAUCAACGUGUUUGUCGUAGCCGUCUUUGCUGAGGCCUUUUACAAUAAAACCAAUAUGGAAGUGAAUGCAGUGUGCAAUAAAACCGGCAGCCCUCACACAGAUCUCUUCCCUCUCAACAACGGCACACUGGAGGUGGACAUCUAUAAAGGGGGAGUGGUCCUGGGCUGUUUCUUUGGCCCUGCAGCCCUCUACAUCUGGGCGAUAGGGAUCCUGGCAGCUGGACAGAGUUCCACCAUGACAGGCACUUACUCUGGACAGUUUGUUAUGGAGGGUUUCCUGAACCUGCGGUGGUCCCGUUUUGCUCGGGUGCUGCUGACCCGCUCCAUCGCCAUCACGCCUACGCUGCUGGUAGCCAUUUUUCAGGACGUUCAGCAUCUGACAGGGAUGAACGAUUUCCUCAACGUGCUUCAAAGCAUGCAGCUUCCAUUUGCUUUGAUCCCAAUUUUGACCUUCACCAGCCUGACGUCCAUAAUGAACGACUUUGCAAACGGAAUGGUGUGGAAGAUUUCCGGAGGCAUCGUCAUCCUCGUAGUUUGUGCCAUCAACAUGUACUUUGUGGUGGUUUACGUGACUGCGCUGAACAGCGUGCUGUUCUACGUCUUCGCUGCCCUGCUCUCCAUAGCCUACCUGUGCUUUGUAGGCUACCUGGCAUGGCAUUGUUUGGUUGCCUUGGGGGUUUCCUGCCUGGACUUUGGCAGCAGGAUGCAGCUGUCGCGGCACACAGACAUUUACCUGCUGAGUGACAUGGACACUGACACGCUGGUUGAGCGAUAGGAAGAUGCUUUGUGACCCGACCGAAGUGUGGGACCACAGAAACUCGGCCAGUACGUGUUCUUCUUCACCUCUCUGUGCCUCGCACGUAUUUAAAGUGUCCUUACAAUUCACAGUGUGGUUCAACCGCAGGUGUCUCAGAAGCCUAAGCUAAAUCAUAUUUAUGCAAAUAAUGGUUAAAUAUAUCUGAGAGAUUUAGACAGCGACACAAUAACUUAUAAAGUUCUGGACUAAACGGUCACACCUCGUUGUCCAGUAUAUCAUGCUUUGCCAAUCACAAACUACUGUGAUGAAAUGAUCGCUUUCGAUACAGAAACUGCAAAAAUGAUUAAGUCAUUAUUCCAUAUCACUGAGAUAACAGUCUUGAGUUCUGAGAGAAAGUUGCCAGUUUUUUGUUUUUUUUUAAGCCGAUGCUGCACUACAGAUGCCGCAGGCCUCGGCUGCCAGCUGUAAGUUUCAUUUAGUUUCUCUCUUGUUAAGCUGACAUCUCACACACACACACACACACACAAAAAGAUUUUGCCAUUAUCACACAACACACACUGAAUGCUGUAUGAUUUAUUCAUAAAAGGAAAAGUCACAACAACAAAGCUCUGUUCUGGUAUUCACUUUUAUUUUGCAUUUGGUGGGGACUAAACAGCUGUCAUUUAUCCUAUUUAAUAUUAAGAUCAAAUCUGAAGUGCUUUAAAACAUUCAUCUGACUGUUAAUAUAGGACAAGUAAAUAGUUAUAAUUAACAUACUGAAUAUUAAUAUAACACUAUAAAAGGUGUAUAAGGCAUUUCUGUGUGAUUAGUCACACUUUUGCCCGUGUUAUGACAGUUUUAUGUCAUUUUAUACACAGUUAUGCAAUCCAUUUUAGAUUUUGAAAAGUCCUUGGUAUAUUCAUGACGUUUUGAGGACCGGUCAUAAAGUAUUUUGCUAGCUUUUCUUUUUUUUUGUGAUAUGUUUAUUUUCCUUUAGAUAAACAGUAUAUACGCAAAACACACAAAACAACACGAUUCAACACAAAACGAGACAAAAAGCAAAACCUCGUGGUGAUCAAAAACCCCCAAACCUAAGCCAUGGUUCUCCAUAUCAUAUUUGCAGGACACAAGGAUAUCAUUGUGAAUUAUUAAAAUAAGGCCACCGUGUGUAGGAUUUUAAAAUUCAGUUUCAGUUGUCCUUUGUGGUAAAUCUAAAGACACUGCAGCAGUCACUUAAGGCUACAUUUGGAUACAUGUGUUCACUAUGUAUACAUUCCCAUUUAAUGAAUUCAUGAACAUCGGUAAUAAAAUUGCAAUAGAAGUUUAUGAAGUUUAUGUUGAAUGCAGCACUUGGAGUGUGUUUCUGUUGGAAGCUGUCAUAGACAUCUUAUUCAUCAGUUCUUGCCAAUUUUGAAUAUGAAUAUUUUGGUAUUAUUUAUUUUUCCUAUAAAUUUCCCUCUGAAUUAAGCAUGGGUCGGUUUGUUUUCAGAUUUGUUUAUUUAUGUGUAGUUUUUUUUUAAUUUAAGUGAAUGUUUAGUUUGGUUCAAAAUGUUAUUUUGUUCCGCUUCAGCUUUUUGGGGAGUCAGCAGCAGGAUGCCUUGUGUUUUUUUUUUUUUGUUGUUAUUAAGCCAAAUUUGGGUUUGAUGUGUGCAGAAGGGCAUUAAAUUAUAGAAAAAUGGGGCAUUUCAUUUCUCAACUAAUAUGAAAGAAAAAGCUAUAAAUUGGCAGUGUGGUGUGAGUGAUUGAGGUUCUGUAAAUGGUAAAUAUGAGAAGUGACGUGUUUGUAUCAUGAACAGCAGCAUGGGACUUUUUUAUCUCAGGGCUCCUUCCGUACAAAACAUGAACAACUUCGACUGUUUUCAAUGGGGCAGACGAGUUUUUUUACAGAAAGUAAAAAACAGUGAAAAGGUUACAGAAAUAAAAAGAGAUCAAAGUUAACAGAAUUCAUCAUGAAAAACAUCUUAGAGGUAUAAUUGUGCGCCGCUGGUUUGGGCUGUUAAAAAAGCUGAAACUUUCCGUUGACCAAAUACUAAGUUGCUCUUGUACGUUCUAUAAUUGCGGUGCAGACGACCACAGUGCCCCCUGUAUUCACCGCUGUGCCUCAUUUCUAGGAUCUUUAGCACACUAUUCAGUCAAACAACAACAACUACAAACAAGUACAAGAACCUCACAUUGUUGCAGGAAGAAUAACGCAAGUCUGAGUAAAACAGUCUGAUUACAACCACAGAAUCACAUAAAAACGUGCUCUGGGUUGAGGUAUAGUGAGGCUGAUAGUUCUUUCAAAGUCAAAUUUGCUAUAUUUAGAUUUCCUUUCUUUUAGCCAUUGUGUUCUGCAUUUGCCAUCAUACUUUGUGAAAGAAUUAAAUUUUUCUUAGGAAAUGUAAAUGUAAAUUUUUUCCACUGUGAGAUUUGUGACUAAUUCCAAGUUUAAAAUGCCAAAAAUAUAAAUAUUUGUAUAGUAAUUUCACUCCUGACAAAAAAACAAGCACUUGAUUACAAAAGAAAUGGGCUGAGGUGUAAUUAAAAGUGAAAAAGUUGACAUUGUAAGCUGUAGAAUGAAAUAUUUUUACAUUUUGGAGGACCGAUGAUGGGAUCACAGCCGUUUUUGGGAGCACAGGAUUUUGGGAGCAUUCACUAAAAGAAGAAUCUAACUCGUUUAUAUUACCUUCUGGCUGUGUUAUAAACAAAAUUCAAAUUUCAUUCUCUUAAAAACAUGGCAAUGUCCUCAGUUUAUACAGUAUUUUUUUAUUUAUUGCGGCAUCAUUUGUUGGAUAGAAGUGUCUGAAUAUGGGAACACCUGUUGGGAUUGUCACAAGUUAUUUUCUGAUUCCAUGGCCACACAAAAGAUCGGUACAGAAGUGUAUUGUAAGUUAGGUUAAAUAUGUUAUUUCUGAUCUGAUUCCGUUGUACAGUAUGAUACAGUAUUGAGAUCCUACUGAAAUGGUGGUUUUCUAAUUAUUUUUUGUCACCAGAUCUGCUGUUUUAAAUGAUCUGCCAUCUCUGAUAUUCGUUUGAAUAUUGUAUUUCUAUGUUGAAUAAACAAAGUAAGUACCUUUGAA